CCUAUCGAUGGCCACCGGAAUGGUGGCCUUGCUUUUUUUUCUCCUCCUCAAUGUCCGGUGCUCCGACGCCCAAGUGGCCUCCGACAACCGCAACGACAACUAUCACUAUUACUACGGACGGUUCAGCCCGACGUUUGCCGUGGUGAUCGUCGUCAUCGCCGCCACUUUCUUCGUCUUCGCCCUCUUCGCCAUCUACGUCCGUCGGUGCAGCGGCGGAGACGACUUCGCUAGCACCUUUCUCCGCGGCGGUGCGGGAGGGGAAGGCCGCGAGUCGCUGUCGAGGGGGCUGGGGCUGAGCCCUGAGGCCAUGGAGAAGCUGCCGAUUGUGAGCUACGCGGAGGCGAAGGGAAUGAAGGGAGGCUCGCUCCCUAUGGAUUGCGCAGUGUGCCUGAGCGAAUUUGUGGACGACGCCGAGCUGGUGCGCCUCCUCCCGAGGUGCGGCCACCUGUUCCACGAGGAUUGCAUCACCGCCUGGCUCGCCUCCCACGUCACCUGCCCCGUCUGCCGCGAUAACCUCGCCCAGAUUCCGGCUGAGACGACGACCGCCGGCUCGUCGCAGGAUCGCUUGGCGAUCGUGGUGCGCGAAGCGGAGGAGGCCGUCGAGCUCGAGCGUCUGGGAAGGCAGAGGCAGGAGGCGAGGUCGAGGUCCGGGAGGAGGCCUCCGACGCGGUUCUCUCGGUCGCACUCGACCAGUCAUUCGAUGACAGUCCGUACUCCGACGCUGGAUAUGGACGUCUACCUGUUCGUCAUGGCGGAGAGAAACCAAUGGCCAUCGGUCUUAUUGCGGUCCCUAUCAGCGAGUUCGCCGGCUUGGUCGGCGAGGAGAAGGGGAGUUGAGGAGGGAGAGAGCUCGAGGGGAGGCAGUUCGGGUGCCGCCCUCGACUACGGGUCUUCCUCCACCUCCUUCCCGCCGUCGCAAGCUUGACAUGUAGCUGUAUUCUUUGUUCUUGAUUGGGUCAACUGGCCGAGCGUUACGCUAUGUGAUGUACAUAGAAAGAUUCGAAUCUAUAUAUAUUUGCCAUACCGAGUAAAUGAAAAACUUACUAAAUUUUUUAUUUUGAGUUUCUAAACUUCAAAUUUUAUUGCUAUUACUUUUA